CAGGAAGGUGGAGGGGGUCGGACACGGGGGGUGCUGAGAAUUCCUUUUGCUGGGGUGUGGAGGGAGCAGAUAUUCUGGGAUAUCACUGCUAGCACUCCGCCGGGGAAACGUGUUUCUUUGGCAUUUUUCAAGUGGAAAUCUGAGGGAGAUUUUUGAACACUUGAUGGUGAGAGGGGAUCGUUGCAGGGUUAAAUGGGGAAGGUAUUUUUCUGGUCCUCUUGCUCUCCACGAAGCGACCGGCGAUAAUGGUCUUGGUGUGUUGCUGUUUUACUUCGGUGGAUCCAGUUUCCUCUCCAUCUCGGCACAGCCGGAGCUGAGAGAGCGGGAUCUGGUAGGCCUGCUGGCAGCGACCUCUCCGAGGAUCAUCUUCAAGGGAUCUUCUUUGGAGUCGUUCUUCGCAUGGCAAGGAUCUACUUUCUUGCUGCCUCACUGAAAUUGCAUGGCCUAAACGAAUCAAUAUUUGUAUGAGGCGCCUAGACCAGAGAUGGGCCAGGACCAAACCAAGCUGCAGAUAGAGAAGGGCCUGAGGUUGUAUCAGUCCAAUCAGACGGACAAAGCCCUGAAUGUCUGGACAAACGUGCUGUGGAAGACCUCAGAUCCUGGGGGGAAGUUUCGGGUGUUGGGGUGCCUGAUCACAGCCCACUCGGAAAUGGGAAAAUAUAAAGAUAUGCUAAAGUACGCUCUCACUCAGAUCGACACCGCCAGGGAAAUGGAGGACCCAGACUACCUGACAGAGGGCUACCUGAACUUGGCGCGCAGCAACGAGAAGCUGUGCGACUUCCAGAAAACGGUGUCCUACUGUAAGACCUGCUUGAACAUGCAGGGUACCACUGUCAGCCUGCAGCUCAACGGCCAGGUUUGUCUCAGCAUGGGCAACGCCUACCUCGGCCUCAGUGUCUUCCAGAAAGCUCUGGAGAGCUACGAGAAGGCCCUGCGCUACGCUCACAACAACGACGACAAGAUGCUGGAGUGCAGAGUCUGCUGCAGUCUGGGAAACAUCUAUGUCCAUUUAAAGGACUACGAGAAGGCGCUGUUCUUCCCCUGCAAAGCCGCUGAGCUCGUCAACGACUACGGCAAGGGUUGGAGCCUCAAGUAUCGAGCCAUGAGCCAGUACCACAUGUCUGUGGCCUACAGGAAACUGGAGCGCCUGCCGGACGCCAUGGAGUGCUGUGAGGAAUCUAUGAAGAUUGCUCUGCAGCACGGUGACCGUCCUCUGCAGGCUCUGUGCUUACUAAACUUUGCAGACAUACACCGCUGCAGGAGUGACGGUGAUAAAGCAUUCCCUCGCUACGAGUCUGCAAUGAGUAUCAUGACUGAGAUUGGAAACCGUCUGGGCCAAUCACAGGUCUACCUGGGAGUUGCAAAGUGUUGGCUUCUGCAGAAAGAGUUAGACAAGGCUCUUGAAUCUUUGCAGCGAGCCCAGGAAUUAGCUGAUGGGAUGGGAAACAAGCUGUGCUCGCUGAAGGUGCACAGCCUGAGUGAGGGGAUCUAUCGGACCCGGGGGCAGCAGGAGGAGCUCCGGGAGCAGGUGGUGAAGUUCCUGCAGUGUGUGGAGGAGCUGGAGCUCUACUGCGGCAUGUGUGGAGAGUCCAUCGGGGACAGGGACCAAAAACUGCAGGCAUUACCCUGUUCCCACAUCUUCCAUCUCAAGUGUCUGCAGACGAACGGGACGAAGGGCUGUCCCAAAUGUAUCAAGUCCUCCAUGAAGCCUGGAUUUGUGUGAUUGUGCGACUGUGUUUGUGCGUUGGAUCCGCAGACACAGCGUGAUGCCUGACUGAUCUGAGAGCAGCAGGCAGCCUUGGGGUAUCCUGAAGAUGUUCGAGGAGAAAUAAUUCACUGCUCUGUGAAGAGGAUCCUGAACUGAACCCAGUGUCACAGAGUGCCGCUGGAGGACACAUUCAAGGCAUCCAUCUUAUUAUCAGUCUGUGAGUUACAGCCGACUGAGGGGCGCGACUGACAGUGUUACAUUUCGAUAUAAGCUGAAGAAGAAUGAACCUACUUGUCUCUGACGACUGGUCUUUUAGGUGCAGAUUUUAAAUUCUAGAGGAAUAUGGACCGUCAAAAGAGCGUUUAUAACUUGUAUUUGCUAUUUUCUGCGUAGUAAUAGUUUAGUCAAAUCAAGAUGAAAUGAUCGUCAGUGAUCUUAGUUGCAGGGUUUCAAUUCAACCAGGAUUCAACCUUUUACACUACAUCCACUUUUUCUUUAAUCGACAGUUUUCUGAUUUAUUUUGUAUCUUUUCCAGAAGACAGAGCCGUUUCUGAAUUGAUUUCACAUGGUAUAUUUAUUAUUGUCUUCAUGUACAUACUAUUCUCAUGUUAAUUUGUUUUACAUUUUUUGAGGUGUUUGUAAAACCCAAAAGUGAUCGAAAACCUCUCAACCAUUCAAAAACUAGUAAGUCUAUACAGAAAAGGCAUGCUGCUGUUUUUAUUUCUUUAUUCAGAGAUAGAGGAGCCGGAUCACACACAAUGUUCAUGGAAAUGACUUUUCUGUCCAUGUUUAACUCUUAAAUCUGACGUCAACACAAUAUUGUUGCAAUUUGAGGACAUGAGAAAACCUAUUGGGAAAGGAAUUUCUCGACCAAUCACAUACCAGUCAGAUUACUAUUCAUUUAUUGUGGAGUUUUAAUAUUUGUAGUGUAAAUAUCACUUGAUAAAAUGUCAAUAUACAGAUUGAUAUUAUUAACUUGGAGAGGCUUUGUCAUUUUAAGGUGGUUUUGAGAGAGAAAGCCCUAAAAAAGCUGUGCUAUCAAUCAAUUAUUAUUGCAUGUUUUAUUUACAAUGCCCAAAGAAUUACAUCAAAUUAUAAAUCCAUGUAACUAUAUUGACUUAUUUCGGAUUUGUUUAAUAUAGUUUUUCUUAAUAUUCAGUGGCUUUUAUCAUGCAUAUUCCUUAUAUAUUUGUUAAAUAUAUUUGACACAUAUACUUUAACAAUAUAAGCCAUGUCAAUCUAAACAUCGUGGCUGAAACCAGGUUUUCCUCUAAAACUGUAACUCAUACUAAAUGUAUUUUUAGUAAGACAGUUUUCAAAAGUACUAAAAUAUAGAUGUGAGCCCAAAAUAAAUGUAUUUGUGUGAUCAAAACACAGGAUAAAUAAUUUAACGAAUACCGUUAACCCUUUUUGAAACAUUCAUAAUUUAAACGUAUAGUAGUACUUAGUUUUCUCUCUCUUCACAGCAUGUGAGCAGGUUAACAGCCUUAACAGAGACACUACGGCAUUUACUUGUACUGCACAAGCACUUAAUUUUCACCUAACCUCACUUCUGAGCAGCACCAGGAACUUGUUUGGGUUCCCGGCAUUCAAAUUAAUGUUUAUUCACUGUCUGUUUACAUGUAGCACAGUCGUAAAACGUGCAAAGAAUCAUAACGCUUUUUUGUUCUUGGUAUAAAUAAGAUUUCACUGACAGCACAGCCACUUAUCUUUAACAGUUUUAACUACCUCUGCUUCUGCCUCCAAGCUUCGCCCUCCUUAGAGGAUUAAUGCAGUAAUAACACAACAUUUAAAUACAUGUAGGAUAUGUUAUGUUUUUCUAGACAUUAUGCUGAUAUAACCAUGGUUUAAAUGAGUUAAAGUCGGACUGGAAUGCAUUGUUAAUAUAUUUAUGCAUCGAGUCAAACCAUGUAACUGUGUCAAAUAUAGAAACAUGUCAUUAAUGAAAAUAAAGUGCAC